AUGGCGGACACAUCACCUCCAUCGCUCGAAUGGUCGGCGCAAUACACUCUCGCGCACUCUCGUCGAGGCCAGCCACUGUCCGGAGACAAGAUCAAGCUGAGCCAGUCUGCACUAGAAGGCUUGCUCUCUGCAGCAUCCAACGCAGCAGCUGCAGACUCGAGGCGUGAUUUGCCAGCCUACGAUCCCUACAACUCGGCGACAUACUCUGCAUACAGACAGGCCGAGUCCCAAUACCAGGACCAACGACAGCAGCUGCCAUACCCUCUCACUUUCAGACUGGUGAAUCCGGCGAACGGGCGGGUGGUGUAUGCGGGGGUGAGGGAGUUCUCCGCAGAGGAAGGCGAGGUCGAGCUCAGUCCGUUCUUGCAAGAGGGGCUAGGACUGAAAGAGAGGGAGGAAGACAGGAAGGCCGCAAAUGACACAAUAGUGGAUGGGGAGUCACCGGAGAAAGAUACACCUGUGUCGACCAUCACGGUCCACGCAAAGCAGUUGCCGAAAGGCACGUUUGUCAAGCUGAGACCACUCGAGCCUGGGUAUGAUCCUGAAGACUGGAAAGCACUGCUCGAACAGAGCCUACGUUCAGGAUACACUACUCUCACAAAUGGGGAGGUGAUUGGAAUAGAACAUGGUCGGGAACGCCUAAGGUUUCUCGUUGAUGGCUUUCAGCAGGAACAAAUGGACGGUGUAUGCAUCGUCGACACUGACCUUGAAGUCGACAUCGAGGCUUUGAACGAAGAGCAGGCUCGGGAAACGUUGAAGCGCAUUGCUGAGAAGAUGACCAGGCUGCCAGGAAGUGAGCAUGGGAGCUCUGCUGGCGGUGAGCUGGAUCUUUUCAAGGCGCAACAGGGCCAGGUCUUACCUGGGGAGUACGUCGACUUCACUCUCAAUUCCUGGAACCGGACACAGCCGCUCGAGAUCGAACUGAAUGGCAACGAUGGCGAAGAGGACGUGGAUCUGCUCAUCAGCCCUUUCUCGGCAUCUCAACGGGCAAAGCCGCGGAUCGAUGAGUUUGUGUUCGGCGACAUCGACUCCAGACCGCGAAAACGGAUACGUCUGGACCCUUCGAAUGCCGAGCUCGAGCAUGCAGAGGCGUUGUAUGUGUCGGUGCAUGCCUUCGCCCCGGCACAAAUAGAGGCCAAUGGGGACCACCAAGAAGCCUCACCUCAGCCACGCCAUUUCACUCUUCGAGCAAGUCACCCUGACCCUGCAACGUCAGUCGAUGACAGUCAAGGAGGCACUGAAACCACACACCAGCCAGAUGAAAUACAGUGCAAGAACUGCCUACAAUUCGUGCCAAAAGCGAGGCUCGUCCUCCAUGAGGCCUUUUGUUUUAGGAAUAAUGUUCUCUGCCCACACGGCUGUAACCAGGUAUUCCAGAAGUCGUCGGCAGAGUACCAAAACCACUGGCAUUGCCCACACGACACCGCAAACGGGGACUCGGCGAUGUCUCGAUCGAAGCAUGACACCGUCUUCCACCCUGCUCCCCUGCGAUGUAGCUGCGGAACGCAGGAGACGUUCUCGUCGUACCUCACGCUCGCGAGGCAUCGCACGUCCACCUGCCCCGAGAAGCAGAUCCUGUGCCGGUUCUGCCAUCUCGAAGUUCCCCAGGGAGGCGACCCUGACGUCCCGAACGCCGAAGCCAUUCUGUCUGGCAUGACACCGCACGAGCUUGAGGAUGGCGCGAGGACGACAGAGUGCCAUGUCUGCUCCAAGCUCAUUCGCCUCCGCGACACGCAAAAUCACAUGAAGGUCCACGAUCUCGACCGGCUGUCCCGGCCCGCGCCAGUGCUAUGUCGCAACCCCAAUUGCGGACGAACGCUCUUUGUUUGUUCAAAGGCCGGCGACACUCGGGCAGGCGAAAAGCAAGGUCAGGGCCCUGGGAAUGACGUCGGUCUGUGCAGCGCAUGCUUCGGGCCUCUCUACGUGAGCAUGUAUGACCCCGAGAACAAGGCGCUGCGGCGGAGGGUUGAGCGAAGGUACCUCAGUCAGCUGACACAAGGGUGCAAGAAAGCGUGGUGUCGCAAUGAGUAUUGCGCGAGCGGGAGGAAGAACCUGGGGAUAGCGGGCAGCAUCACGACCAAGGACGCUCUGCCCAUGAUCAAGCCUUUCUUGGACGGGAUGAUGAAGGGGUCUGAAGGUUCGCCGCUCCACUUCUGCGUCGACGAGGGGAGUCAGAGGCGGAGGCAGCUGGCCGAGAUGCUCGCGGCAGAAGAGGAUCCACCAGGGAAGGGAGGGUAUGGGUUGACAUGGUGCGUGGGGGCGUUGGAAGCUGCGAGCGGAAGUCUCGACGGUGCUAGGGAGUGGUUGAAGAAUUUUGCUCCAGUGAGGGGGGAGGAGAGAGGGCGAUGA